AUGGCGGAGCCGGGGAUGGAGCCGGAGCCCGAGCGGGGCCGGGAGCCGGUGACGGCCGAGGCGGUGCUGAGGGAGCUGCGGCUCUUCGAGCUGCGCUGCCAGGGCGAGGAAGUGCCCGACAAACUGGUGGAGCUGUGCCUGACCCACGGGCUGGGCCCAGUGGCCUUGGCCAACGAGCUGCUGGCCUUUGUCACCAGCAAAGACCUCGACCCCCAGCUCACCCCGGAAGGUCUCGAAGCCUUCGAGCACGAGGUGCUGGCCAAGCGUGGCAGCCGCGGCCGGCGCGGCCGGGACGAGCGCCGGGGGCUCCUCCACGACAUCCACUCGCUCCAGGAGCUCCUCAGCGAGGAGCAGGAGGACGAGCUGCUGGACGCCUACACCACCCCAUCCAAGGGCUCCCAGAAACGCAGCAAUUCCACACCAGAGACGCCCCGGCCCAAGCGGGCGCCGUCCUCCCGCAGCCCCUACGGGCUCUUCUCCCCCGGCAGCUUCUCCCCGAGUGUUACCCCCUCCCAGAAAUAUUCAUCCCGUGGGGGCCGGGGCGAGGUCGUGGCCUCGUUUGGCUCCGCCCAGGGCCCGGCCUGGAGCGGCCGCGGCGGCUGCAGCGUCCGACUCUUCGGGCAGCCCGAGCAGAACCUCAGAAAACCCUACAAGUUCAUGUUCCAGAAAGCGCUGGACGUGCGGGAAGUGCUGGCUGGGCGGGUGGAGGAGCUCGGGGAGGUUCUGCGAAGGCACCAUGGCCUGGACGGCUUCAGCUCAACUGCACUGCCAGCUCAGGAGCCGGUGACGGUGCUGGGGCAGAUCAGCUGUGAUGGGAACGGGAAGCUGAACCCCAAAUCCGUGCUGCUGGUGGGGGACAGGGAGCACUCAGGGGGGGCCCAGGUCCCACUUGACCUCUCAGAGCUGCCAGAAUAUUCCCUGUUCCCAGGACAGGUGGUGGCUCUGGAAGGCACCAACAGCACGGGCAGGAGGAUGGUGGUGUCCAAGCUCUACGAGGGGGUCCCGCUGCCUUUCCACACCCCCACGGAGCCCAUGGCAGAGCAGAGGAUGGUGCUGGUGGCCUGUGGCCCCUUCACGCCCUCGGAUGGCGUCGCCUUCGAGCCCCUGAGUGACCUCCUGGAGGUUGUGGCCCGUGACCGCCCCGACGUUUGUGUCCUGCUGGGGCCGUUCCUGGACGCCAAACACGAGCAGGUGGAGAGCUGCCAGCUCCUGGGCUCCUUCUCUGACGUGUUCAGGCUCUGCCUCAGGACCAUCAUCGAGGGCACCCGGAGUGCUGGCUCCCAGCUGGUUCUGGUGCCCUCUCUCCGAGAUGUCUCCCACGAUUUCGUGUACCCCCAGCCUCCCUUCCUCUUCCCAGACCUGCCCAAGGAGGACAGAGCGCGUGUGCUCCUGGUGCCCGAGCCCUGCACCCUGGAUAUCGACGGUGUCAUCUUCGGCCUCACCUCCACCGACCUCCUCUUCCACAUGGGGGCUGAGGAGAUCAGCAGCUCCUCCGGGAUCAGCGACCGCUUCACGCGGAUCCUGCGGCACAUCCUGACACAGCGCAGUUUCUACCCCCUGUACCCCCCCUCCGAGGAGCUCAACGUGGAUUUCGAGGCCCUGGCGGCGUUCGCGGCGCUGCCGGUGACCCCCGACGUGCUGGUGACCCCGUCCGAGCUGCGCUUCUUCAUCAAGGACGUCCUGGGCUGUGUUUGCAUCAACCCCGGGCGCCUGACCAAGGGCCGGGCCGGGGGCACCUACGGGCGGCUGCUGCUGCAGAGGGACAGAGCUGGGGACAAAACCAGCGACAGCUCUGGGGACAUUCCUGGAGAGAAUCCUGGGGACAAAGCCAGGAACGGUCCCGGGGACAAUCCCAGGGACACCCCCCGGAGCAGCCCCUGUGUGGCCGCCCAGGUCGUGAGGAUUUGAACUCCCAGCUCUGCCUGUUCCCCACCCACGGCUGCAGGACCAGGAAUUGGGGUUAGAACUCCAGGAAUUCUGGUAAAAAACUCCUGGAAUUCUGAUUAAAACCCACAGAAUUGUUUGGCACAGGAAGAGUUUCCCCAGCAGGAAUUUGGGAAGGGAAUCCCGGCGUGGGAUCCUCUCUGUCCUGGUGUCACCCCUGCUUUCACUGGCCUCAUUAGGGGACUUGGAGUUUAAUUAGUCCAAAACCAAUUAAUUACGGAUUCCUGGUGCUGCUGCUUCCCAGAAAAACCAGCUCCAGGUUUUGGCUUUGACCCUUUUCCCAAACCUUUUGCCCCAAAUUUAUGAUGAUGAAGGUGAAAAUUUAAUUAAAGUUUCUGCCUGUCCUGGUGUCGUUUCCUGAGGGAAAAAAGUAAAUCCAAGGGGGGGUAUUUUGGGGUAAAACCAGGGAAAAUUGGGGCUGGGGAGAGAGAUUCCCCUCACAACUCCAGAGUGGGGCCAGGACUUUCCCAAAAAUCUCCUUUUUCUCCCCAAAUAUCCCCAUGGAGUAGCUGGGAAGUGUCGAGGUCACCUCUGGCUGUCACAUCCCAGUUCCUUCCCUGGUCUUUCCCCAAUUCCAGCACUUUUCACCUCAGAUAAAAUACAGUUUUUCCAACAUCCAUAAAA